GAUACUGUCAGUGUAGACGCGUUUUCGAUUCUGACCACUCCAUCUGACAAGGCAGCAUCGCUAAUCAGUCGCGUUGCUUCGUGUCCAGCGGUUGCUUGAUGUCAGAAUGGAGUGGUCGCAAGAUAAAAUAAUUGAUUUAAUAAAUAUAUAUAAAGAAAAAUCUAUUCUUUGGAGUGCAACAAAUCCGCAUUAUUUUAAUCGGUUAAAAAAAUGAUGCAUGGGAGGAAAUUGCGCGUGACACUGGAAGAUCGGUCGAGCAUUGCAAAAAGAAGAUGGAAUAUCUUCUUUCUGCUUUAAGUACGAUGCGAAUGAAAAUGAAAAGAUGCUGGCUGACGCGAAAGGGAAAUUGUACACCAACUGCAACACCUCGGUGUGGACGAGGAGCUGCGAGAAGGAAGUGAUUGAACCCCUACGAUCGACCGAAGUCACCGGUACCAUCCCCAAAUGGCUGAAAGGCACCCUGCUGCGAAACGGUCCGGGCAAUCUAAAAGUGGGCAAAUAUCGAUAUCAGCAUCUCUUCGACAGCUCCGCCUUGCUGCACAGAUUCGAAAUCACGGACGGUGAGGUCACCUACCAGCGGCGAUUCGUCCAGACCGAGGUGUACAAGAGGAACAUGGCGGCUCAGAGGAUAGUCUACAACGACUUCGGUACGAGCGCGACGCCGGAUCCCUGUCAGACUAUAUUCCACAGAGUGGCCACAGUGUUCAAACCGGACAAAACAACGUCGGACAAUUCCAUGAUUUCGGUGUACCCGUUCGGUGACGAAUAUUAUACGUUCGCGGAAACGGCGGUGAUGCACAGGAUCGACCCGAAAAAUUUAGCGACGCUGGACAGGAUAAAUAUGACCAAGUACGUUAACAUCGUACAUCAUACUUCGCAUCCGCACGUUAUGGCCGACGGUACGGUUUAUAAUGUAGGAUUGAGCAUCACGCCGAUGGGAUCUCGUUACAGCGUCGUGUGCUUCUCUCCUAGAAGCGUGGUUGUUGAUAAAUCUGGAAAAGAAAAAGAACUCUCCAUGUUCGAUCAAGCGACGAUUGUGGCCAGUGUGCCGAGCAGGUGGAAGUUCAAUCCAUCAUACAUGCACACCUUCGGCAUCACUGACAAUUUCUUCAUCAUAUUGGAACAACCGCUGUCGAUCUCCGUUGUUAAGAUGGCGACGGGUCGCUUUAAACAAGAACCAAUGAUCAACUCCGUAAAGUGGAACGACAACGAAAGCACUUUCUUCCACGUGGUUUCGAGGAAGACGGGCAAAGUGGUAAGAAUGUUCGUCGCGGAGACGUUCUUCUACCUGCACAUUAUUAAUCAGUUCGAGACUCGCGAUGGAGACUACAUUGUGCUGGACGUGUGCUGUUAUCGUAACUCGAAGGUGUUGAAGUGCAUGUACAUCGACGCGAUGAACAGUAUACACGAAAAUCCCGAUUUCUCGAGGCUGUUCCGCGCCAUGCCGCUUCGCUUCGUACUUCCGUUGAGACAACCAAGCCAGGACACGCAGCCGGAACGUAAUCUCAUCGCGGUUAAAACUGUGUAUCAGAGCACGGUUGUCAACGACGAGCCUGACGAUCGUAGACCGGGCUCUGACAUCAAUGGCGUUGCAGGCGACGAGUAUCACGAUCAAGCCAAGCGCUCGCGAGACGAACACAAAAGCGCCCUGCGGAAGAAGCCGUCCGCUCACCGACUUCGUGACGGCAGGAUUUUCGUGAAGCCGGAGCUCCUCUGCGACGUCGGUUGCGAGAUCCCACGGAUAAACACGGACUUCCAUCUCGGCAAGGAGUACCGAUACUUCUACGCGGUCUCCUUCGACAUGGACCUAAAGAACCCCGGGACGCUCAUCAAAGUCGACACCGUCCGAAAAACCAAGAAAAUGUGGCAAGAAAGUGAUGUUUGCCCAAGCGAGCCAAUUUUCGUACCGGACCCUAACGGAAAGAACGAGGACGACGGGGUGAUUGUGAGCGCGCUCGUCUGGGCGGAAAACGAGACUCGAGUCGGUCUGUUGGUCUUGGACGCUGUGACAUUUACGGAAAUCGCGAGGGUGACCUUUGACACACCGGGACCGGUGCCUAAAUGCCUGCACGGUUGGUUCAGUCUGGCCAAGUAACCGGAUGCGGAAGAGACUGCCAAUGGAACGACAGUGUCGUUCAAUUGAGCGAAGGGAAGGCUCAUUUGAGCCCCUUCGAGAUUUCAAAGUCUUAAGAAUUUUUAAUUACUUUUAUCGCUAAGAAACUUUUCCCUCUUUGCACCUUUUAUCUCUUUUAAAUAUAAAUACGCAUGAUCGACAACUAACAGGUGUUCAAUCUACCGAUACCGAGCCCCGAUUAUCUUAUAUAUAAAUCUUGAAUCGUAGAUAGUGAAAAUUUUAAUAAGCGAAAACAGGUGUUGGUGUCUAAUCAUUUUCUCCAUUUUCCUCGCGUUCUUUUUUGUAAUUGCGCUGAUUGAAUUGUAUUGUCGAGUACACGAAUAUAUGUAUAAUAAAUUAUUUAAUGUCUUUCCACGA